UCACAUCUCGGCGUUGCAAUCGAUAAUUUCCGCACACCAAAAUUCCUCAAUCACUCCACCAAUACAAUGAUACGCAAACAGGCACGCGAGCGUCGCGACUACAUUUACCGCCGAGCCCUCACCCUCCGCGAUGCCGAAUUAGCCAGCAAACGCGCCGCCCUCAAAGCCUCUCUUGCCUCUGGCAAACCGCUCCCCCAAGAUGUCGCAAAUGAUGCGGAACUUCGCCAAGAUUGGAAAUAUGAUGAGAGUCGUGCGGAUCGUACUGUUGAGGAAGAGCUUGGUCUAGAUGACGAAUACUCUCAACUUAGCGGUGUUGUAGACCCCCGAAUUCUCGUCACCACCUCGCGCGACCCUUCUUCACGGCUGGGCACAUUUGCGAAAGAAAUUCGUCUCCUCCUCCCCACAGCGAUCCGUCUCAACCGCGGUAAUCUUAUCCUCAACAACCUCGUCUCCUCCGCUACAAGUAGUGGGUUGUCCGAUAUCAUCCUCCUUCACGAGCACAGAGGAACCCCCACCGCUCUCACAAUCUCCCACUUUCCGCACGGCCCGACAGCGUCCUUUUCCCUGCACAAUGUCGUUCUCCGCGCUGAUAUUCCAAACGCUUCCCGCGGUACCGUCAGCGAGAGCUACCCUCACCUCAUUUUCGACGGCUUCACCACCAAGCGCGGCGAGCGCGUAGUCCAGAUCUUAAAACACCUUUUCCCGCCCCGUGAUACGUCGAAUCCCAAGUCGGGCAGUCGUGUAGUCACGUUUAAGAACAUAGAGGAUACAAUCGAGGUCAGACAUCAUGUGUAUGUGCGCACGGGAUAUCAGAGCGUCGAGUUGGCGGAAGUUGGCCCGAGAAUGAGUAUGAGGCUGUUCGAGAUUCGCGCGGGUACAUUGGAGAACAAGGAGGGGGAUGUGGAGUGGCAUUUGAACCAGUACACCCGGACUGGCAAGAAGAAGGACAUACUAUGAUUUUGCGUGAACCGAUUUUGCCGGAAAAAUGUACGAGUAACGACAACAAAUGGGACAAAGGAAGAACCCGCUUCAUUUUUGAGUGGGAGUACCCCCGGGACGAGAGGCGGAACUAUCAUAUGAUAAUCGGAUAUCUUGCAUGUCCAAGUCAA